AUGAAAUUAGAAUUAUCAUUAUUAUUAUUAUUAUUUUCAACAAUAAUAAAUUACUGUGUUGGUGUUAUUAUUACACCAUCAUCACCAGGUGGUAUUAACUCUGCUCAAGUAAAUAUUGCACCAAUUGCAUCAGUUUAUGGUAAUGUAUAUCUUAAAGGAGCUUCAAAUGGUAUCCAACCAAUAGGUACUUGUGAAACUUUAAAAAAUAAUUUAAAUUCAGAAUACUAUCCAAUAAUGAUUUUAAAUUCAACUGCUUAUUUUGCAAGACAAUUAAAUAGUAAAGCUUUAAAUCUUGCAGUUGUUACAAGUAAAGGUGUAUAUCCACUUGAAAUCCAACCAAAUUUAAUUAAAUUAGGUGCUUUCAAUAAUAUACAAUCUGAAAUCUCAUAUGAUGAUACUAUUGGCCAAGCUGGUUCAUUUAUUUUUGCUGAUAAAAAUGGUAAAAUUAUUAUUUAUGAUAUUUUCAAAGAUGUCGUAAAAUCUAUUGGCUUUUUAAGUACAAUCGAAUUUAAUACCCCACCAUAUUAUGACUACAACGCUAAGCUUUAUUAUAUUUCAACUUUUGAUUCAUCAUCAUCAUCACAAUCAAUUCUUGUUGCCAACUUUCAAGACUAUAGUACCAAUUUUUAUUCAAUUGCUAAACUUAAUUUACCACACUCUAUCGAUUCAAUUUACACAAGUGGUUACAAUAAACAAAUAGUUUUAUUCGGUUCAAAUAAUGAAGAUCAAAAAUCAUACUUAUAUUUAAUUAACCCAAAAAGUGGUACAUAUAAAUUUUUAGGUUCUAAAGAUUUUAAUACUACAAUGGUUACUGGUUUAAAUCCACAAUAUCUUUUAUUCGUAAAUCAAGAGGGUACCUUAACCGAAUUAUUAAAUUUACAAACACAAACAUCACAAACAUAUGAAAAUACUUGUUUUGAUAAUCAUUAUGCAAAUACUUUCUUAACAUCUAUUAUUCCAAAAGGUAUUUUUACAAAUUAA